AUGACGGGCGGGCAAUACGAUAUCAUCGGUCCCGACCCCAGAGGCACUGGCACGACAUUGCCCGUGGAUUGCUACAACAACGAAAUGGAACGGAUGGUCGCGACGUUGCGGACACCAACGAGGACCAACUCAUCCGAUGUAGCGUUGGGUGCUGUUUGGUCUUACACCAAGCAAUACGCAGAGCGCUGCUUCCAAAACGAGGCAGUGAAUGGGUCAUUGAUGAGCACGGCGUUCGUUGCCAGAGACUUCAUGAAGGUUGUCGAUGCUCUGACUUUGGAAGGCGAGGAUGGUCUUCUCCGGUAUUGGGGCAUAUCUUAUGGCACGUAUCUUGGCCAAGUAAUAGCUGCCAUGUUCCCAGACAGGGUCGAGCGAAUGAUGCUUGAUGGUGUUCUUAACCCGCUCGAGUAUCAGCAAGGAUGGGAGACUGGUCCAGCUAGGUCCGCGCCAGUUGCCUUGGGACAGUUUACCAAACAGUGCAUCGACGCUGGACCCUCAUGCGCCCUCUUUCGCCCAAACCUCUCCUCUUCCGCGCUGUACGAACAAAUCCAAAGCCUCGCCGAAACAGCCAAGCGCGAGCCAAUCGUUAUGGGCCCAAACGUCACAACCGGUGUCGUCACCUACGAGAAGAUCGCCGAGGCUAGUGACACGGCUCUGCGCAUGGGUCUUGCAUCCGGGUCUUAUUUGGCAGGCUAUCUCAACAGCAUCAUGAUCCGCAAUACUCCAGAAUAUAACCACACCCAGUAUCUAGUCGAUCGCUCCUUCAUCGUCCAAGAUGCAGCGAUCAAUGCAGACAACACGCAGCUCAUCCGUUGCUCCGACGCCAUGUUCCGCACCGACGAGCUGACCGACAUCAAGGAACGCGUCCAGCACAUAACGGAGUUGGGUGAUUGGAACAGCGAUUACAUCAUCGGCUCGUAUAUCUUGUGCUCUCUUUGGAAGGUCCAGGCAAAAGAACGGUACGAGGGUGACUUCAAGGCGAAGACGAAGAGCCCUGUGUUGCUCAUCGGUUCGCCAUAUGACGUCCGCACUCCGAUUUCGGGGGCUUAUGCGGCGAACAAGACGCUCGAAGGAAGUGUUGUGCUUCAGCACGAUGGUCUCGGGCACACGGUUAUGUACAGCCCCGGGACCUGUGCCAUUACCGCAACGGCUGCGUAUUUCGUGCAUGGGACUAUGCCGGAACAAGGGACGGUGUGCGAGCAAGACUUUGGUAUCUUCUCUGGCAAAAGUCUGAACGAUACUCUCAAUCUUAUUGGCGAGCCUUAG